GCGCCGCCUCCCGAGUCCAUGGCCGGGACGCGCUGGGUGCUCGGGGCGCUGCUCCGGGGCUGCGGCUGCAACUGCAGCAGCUGCCGGCGCACCGGCGCCGCCUGCCUGCCCUUCUACUCGACCGCCGGCUCCUUUCCCUCGGGAGUCUCGGGCCGCCGCCGCCUGCUGCUGCUGCUCGGGGCCGCCGCGGCCGCCGCCUCUCAGACGCGAGGCUUCCAGAGCGGGCCUGUGACCGCCGGGAGGCUGGCGGGCCCUCCCACCGCGGCCGCGUCCGCCGCCGCCGCGGCCGCCGCCUCAUACCCAGCCCUGCGCUCCCCUUUGCUGCCGCAGUCACUGGCGGCGGCUGCGGCGGGCCCGGCCCGGGGCUACAGCCAGGAAUCCAAAACUACCUACCUGGAGGAUCUUCCACCUCUCCCUGAGUAUGAAUUGCCUCCGUCCAAGUUGGGAGAGGAAGUGGAUGAUGUUUAUCUCAUUCGAGCUCAAGGAUUGCCAUGGUCUUGCACUGUAGAAGAUGUGCUUAGCUUUUUCUCAGACUGCAGAAUUCGCAAUGGUGAGAAUGGAAUUCACUUCCUCUUAAAUAGAGAUGGGAAACGAAGGGGUGAUGCCUUAAUUGAAAUGGAGUCAGAGCAGGAUGUGCAAAAAGCCUUAGAAAAACACCGCAUGUACAUGGGACAGCGGUAUGUGGAAGUUUAUGAGAUAAACAAUGAAGAUGUGGAUGCCUUAAUGAAGAGCCUGCAUGUCAAAUCUGCACCUGUGGUAAAUGAUGGCGUGGUUCGCUUGAGAGGACUUCCUUAUAGUUGCAACGAGAAAGACAUCGUAGAUUUCUUUGCAGGACUGAAUAUAGUAGACAUUACUUUUGUCAUGGAUUAUAGAGGGAGAAGAAAAACAGGAGAAGCCUAUGUGCAGUUUGAAGAACCAGAAAUGGCCAGCCAAGCCCUUUUGAAACACAGGGAAGAAAUUGGCAACCGAUAUAUAGAGAUAUUUCCAAGCAGAAGGAAUGAAGUUCGAACACAUGUUGGUUCUCAUAAGGGAAAGAAAAUAGCAUCUUCUCCCACUGCUAAAUAUAUAACUGAGCCAGAAAUGGUCUUUGAAGAGCAUGAAGUAAAUGAGGAUAUCCGACCUAUGACAGCUUUUGAAAGUGAGAAGGAAAUAGAAUCGCCUAAGGAGAUGUCAGAAAAGCUUCCAGAGGCUGUUGAUUUUGGAACUACGUCUUCACUACAUUUUGUCCACAUGAGAGGAUUGCCUUUCCAAGCCAAUGCCCAAGACAUUAUAAAUUUUUUUGCUCCAUUGAAGCCUGUUAGAAUCACCAUGGAAUACAGUUCCAGUGGGAAGGCCACUGGAGAAGCUGAUGUGCACUUCGAUACCCAUGAGGAUGCUGUUGCAGCUAUGCUCAAGGAUCGGUCCCAUGUUCACCAUAGGUAUAUUGAAUUGUUCCUGAAUUCAUGUCCGAAAGGAAAAUAAAACUUCAAAGGAUUCCAGAUAAUAAGGAUGAAGCAAGAAGCAUUUCAUUUGCACGUCUUUCUUGGACUUGGGAUCUAAAGUUCCAGUUUUUUAGCGUCAACUGCUAGAGAAGUGAUUUCAAGAUUUUGGAUUAAUUGCUUAAAAGAAAAAUUCCAUAGUGGACUGUUCAGAGAAAAAGAUUCAGUUUAGGAUUAUGAUACAAACCUCAAAUUUAGUUUUUUUGUUUAAAUUGUCCAGGAUCUGUUUUAAAAAUCUGGUCUUUAUUUUAUAUAAUUGAAGUUUGUUUUCAUAAAUGAUUUGUGACCCAGAAUGCUACAUAUUUUUAUUCAGCACUGUCCUUCAAAAUCUUUCUCCCAUUUUAAAAAUUAUCCGUUUGAGGUUUUGGUUUUUGCCUAUGAAUUAAGAGAUACAGUGUAAAACUUUUCAUGGAAUAAAAUACUGAUUUAUUUUAGCCAAAUGCUCACCAAAGCAAGGAAAGGUUUCAGGCCCUUGAACCAUUAUAGUUUUGCAGAGUUAUUUUAAUUUUAGAUGUAUUUGAUUACUUAGAUGGGGUAGGAAUUAAAAAAAUAAAUAAAUACCACAUGUUAGUGUAAAUGACAAUAAUUUGGCAGUUUUAUGUCUUUAGAAAUGUUUUGCCUUUUUCAGCCUUGUGCUAAAGGCAUUUAAUAUUGGUGCCUGUAUGAUUAAGGAGGGAAUUACAGUCUCAACUUAAAAGUUGUCUAACCCAUCCCCUCCUCAUCCCAGUGCCCACCCCACCCCCACCCCCACCAAUCAUCUUGUUUUGAUUUUUGGGUAAACCUUAAGGUGUGUGUUAGUCUGAGAACUGUGAAGUGACAUGUCAUAACAGUCCUGACUUGUAAGGACAUUAAUGGCUUCACUUGAAUUUAAACCAGCUCUAGGUAGGAAAAAAUCUUGUCUCCUCAUUUGCUUUUUCAGUGGGGUAGCACAUCCCAUAUUUUAGAACAAGUAGGGGUGCCUUGCUUAAAUAAAAAUAGCAUUUAAUGUAUAAUUGUGUGAAAGGUUUAUGGGUAAAGCUGUAUUUCUGUCACAUUGUGGCAGUACCUUCUGCUUUAAUAUUAAACAGCUUGUUAUUUAAAUACUGGAUCAAAUUGGCUGGCUUCAAACUGUAGUCAUUAAUAAACUAACUUUAUGUGCA